CUCUUUUUGACUCAUCUGUAUGUUUCAUCAUUACAACUGUGGUGUAGUUUUUCAUGUUUUAUUCAGUAUUUAGAAAUUACAUUGGGACAGGUUUUGGUCUGGUCAACUGCCUUCCUGUCUGUUUGUCCAGAGGAGCUCCCUUCAUGUCCCCCUGGUUAACCUGGCUGACACCGGCCAUUCCCCUGCUACUGCCCUGGCUGGUCAGGGAUGGGUCAGGGAUGGUUCAGGCAACUGUGUGUUCACGGUGGGAUCGUUCGGUUGGUCUGGAUGACCGUGGUCUCUCCCAGGAAGGUGAAGUGGUGAUCGGUGGUCUCAUCCCCUUCCAUAACCUCCCUCCUGCUCCAGACCUGAGCUUCAGCCAACCCCCUGACCUGCAGGCCUGUGUCAAUUUCCAAGAGGAACCAUUGCAAUGGGCACAUGCGCUGGUGUUUGCGGUGGACGAGAUUAACCGUAACCCCUUCCUACUGCCGGGGGUUCGGCUGGGCUACCGUAUCCUGGACAGCUGUAAUCAGCACCCCUGGAGCCUGCGAGGGGCACUGUCCCUGGUGUCAGGCGGGAACAUCAGAUGUGAAACUACAGAGAUUUCGAAACUCAAAUCACAUCCAUCUAGUGACUGCCCUGUUCCUCUGGUCAUUGGUGAUGCAUCGUCCACUCAGACCAUCAUCCUGGCCAGGACCCUGGGGCCUCUCUCUGUGCCUGUGAUCAGUUACCAGGCCAGCUGUGGCUGUCUCAGUGACAGACAGGAGUUCCCUAACUUCUUCAGGACCAUCCCCAGUGAUGUCUACCAGGCCCUCACCAUGGCCCGGCUCACCUGGCUCUUGGGAUGGACCUGGGUCGGGGCUAUUGCUGUAGACAAUGACUACGGUCGUCUGGCCAUACAGGUGUUUGAGGAGGAGAUUCGGGGGACGGGGGUGUGCCUGGCGUUCUUUGAGACCCUCAACCGGGCGAACCUGGUGAGGGAUGUGAAGCGAGCAGCAGAUACGGUCCAGGCCUCGACAGCGCGAGUGAUCCUGGUCUUCCUCUGGUACACUGACAUGGGGGCGUUACUCCUGGAGCUGGGGAGGAGAAAUGUGACGGACAGGCAGUUCCUGGCCAGUGAGGCAUGGAGCACCAGCGGACAGCUCCUGAGAAACCCCGCCCUCUUUAACGUUGCUCAGGGCGUCGUGGGUGUGGCUAUCCGCAGUGCACCUAUUCCUGGCUUUGAGGCCCACCUUCGAAGUCUCAACCCCUCUCGUCGUCCCGGAGAUGUCCUGUUGAAGGAACUCUGGGAAACGGUGUUUGGGUGUAGCCCUGGAGCAGCACAUGGACACGGCACGUCUCUGCUCCCCUCUCCCCUUCCUCCAACCCCCUCUGUGUCACUACCACACACCCCUCCUCCCACCUCCAGUUCCCCUCGUCCACUCCUGGCCUCCUGCAGUGGGGCAGAGACUCUGGAGGGGGUACAGAGCCCCUUCACAGACACCUCCCAGCUGAGAAUAACCUAUAAUGUGUACCUGGCUGUGUAUGCUGCAGCCCACGCCCUCCACAGCCUGCUGUCCUGUCCCCAGAGACACAGCCCUACCUGGGGCAGCAGCUUCACCUGCUCCCUUCCUUACAACAUCAGCUCAGCGGAGCUGUUGCAGCACCUGAACCAAGUUAACUUCACCACUCCACUUGGGGAGCCGUUCUACUUCCGGGGCGCGGACGUCCCUGCUGUGUACGACCUUGUGAACUGGCAGGCCACGCCCCAGGGGUUGCUCAAACUUGUCACAAUUGGCCGUGUAGACGGGUCCAAUCUCCUCAUCAACCAAUCAGCCAUCCAGUGGAACACAGGAACUAAUACGGUGCCUGUGUCAGUGUGCAGUGACAGCUGUCCCCCAGGCACCCGUGUAGCCAGGAAGAAGGGGGAGCCUGUCUGCUGCUUCGACUGCAUCUCCUGUUCUGAGGGAGAGGUCAGCAACACCACAGGCUCUUUGCAAUGUGACAGGUGUCCUCUGGAGUUCUGGUCCAACAGCCAUCGGACCGCCUGCGUCCCUCGUCAGCUCGAGUUCCUCUCCUUCAAUGACGUGAUGGGUGUCACCCUGACCACUGUUGCCGUGUGCGGUGCUGUGGCAACAGUGGCUGUGUUUGUGUUCUUUGUGUACCACCGCCACACCCCUCUGGUGCGGGCCAACAACUCGGAGCUGAGCUUCCUGCUUCUCCUGUCACUCAAGCUCUGCUUCCUGUGUUCAUUGGUGUUCAUUGGCCGUCCCUCUGUGUGGGCGUGUCGGAUCCGCCAGGCAGCAUUUGGGGUCAUCUUCGUGCUCUGCCUCUCCUGCCUCCUGGUCAAGACCAUCGUGGUUCUGGCUGCGUUCCGCUCAGCCAGGCCCGGUGCUGGGCAGCUGAUGAGGUGUUUUGGACCCGUUCAGCAGAGAGGGAGUGUCUUCCUCUUUACCAGUGUUCAGGUGAUCAUUUGUGCCGUGUGGCUGUCCAUGAGCCCUCCCCUGCCUUACCGUGACCUAGGCCUCAAGGGGUCAAAGGUCAUCCUGGAGUGUGAAGUGGGCUCUGUGGUUGGCUUCUCUCUGGUGCUGGGCUACAUCGGCCUGCUGGCCUCCCUCUGUCUCCUCUUAGCCUUCCUGGCCAGGAAACUCCCAGACAACUUCAACGAGGCCAAGCUCAUCACCUUCAGCAUGCUGAUCUUCUGUGCUGUGUGGAUUUCAUUCGUCCCUGCCUACAUCAGCUCUCCUGGGAAGUACGCAGACGCUGUGGAGAUAUUCGCCAUCUUAGCUUCCAGCUUUGGGUUACUGCUAUGCAUCUUCGCUCCGAAGUGUUACAUCAUCCUCCUGAGACCAGAGAGAAACACCAAGAAACACAUGAUGUCCAAAUAGGAACCACCAAGAAACACAUGAUGUCCAAUUAGUAACCAGCAAGAAACACAUGAUGUCCAAUUAGAAACCACCAAGAAACACAUGAUGUCCAAUUAGAAACCACCAAGAAACACAUGAUGUCCAAUUAGUAACCACCAAGAAACACAUGAUGUCCAAUUAGAAACCACCAAGAAACACAUGAUGUCCAAUUAGAAACCACCAAGAAAUAUAUGAUGUCCAAUUAGAAACCACCAAGAAACACAUGAUGUCCAAUUAGAAAUCACCAAGAAAUAUAUGAUGUCCAAUUAGAAACCACCAAGAAACACAUGAUGUCCAAUUAGAAACCACCAAGAAAUAUAUGAUGUCCAAUUAGAAACCACCAAGAAACACAUGAUGUCCAAUUAGAAACCACCAAGAAACACAUGAUGUCCAAUUAGAAACCACCAAGAAAGAUAUGAUGUCCAAAUAUUGUCAUCUUUGUGUUUAGUUAAUAACACCAUCUCACUAUUGUUUUGCAUGGUAAAACCUUAACAAGGAAUUACAUGAUACAUUGUAUAAUACUUACCAGCAAGUUACAUAUUUAACAGACAAUACCUAACGUUGAUGGACACAAAUGAACAGGACUUUUCUACCCUGCUGGUAGUGUAUGUUUCUAAUGAUUCAAAAGUGACUCAUGGUUGAGUCAACAGUGAAUCAAUAGUUAGUCAACAGUGAAUCAACACUUAGCAAGUCUUCCUCUGAAUCACAAUAUGACUCUUCUUUUCAAUAGACUUUAAUGACAUCCAUUUCUCCCCUGAAUGUCAGUUCUGAAAACAAAUCAGUUCAAUUAGAUAUGGUUAAUGAAAAAUGUUGUUUUCUCCUUUCACAUUUUAUGAGGUGUGUAAUUCUCUAUUCCAAUAUGACAGUUUCCUGAAAUUUUCAUAAAAUAUAUUGCUAAAUUUCAAAUGUUCAAUAAAAACACGUUCUGCAACUC